UCAGGGAUGUUAAAAACAAUUUUUUCGUAAAUUAAGGUUUAUUCACUUUCGUUGCAGUACGUGCUCUCAAAACGAAUGGAAAUGCGAUAGCUCCCCGUGCCUGAUCCAAGAAAAUUUGCUGUUAGAAAUACAAAAAGGACGUUACACGUGGACCGGGCGUAAUUAUUCAAAAUUCUGGGGGCAAACGCUAGAGGACGGAGUGCGCUAUCGUCUCGGGACGCUAUUUCCGGAACGAAGUGUUCAGAACAUGAAUCAAAUUAUUGUCAAACCACGAGAAUUACCAACCAGAUUCGACGCGAGGGAAAAAUGGCCUGAUUUUAUACAUCCAGUGCAGGACCAAGGAAAUUAUCGACUCGCCAUUAUAACUGACGGUCGGCUGAACACACCACUUUCAGCUCAGCAACUUCUCUCCUGUAAUCAGCAUCGACAGAAGGGCUGCGAAGGUGGCUAUCUGGAUCGAGCUUGGUGGUACAUCCGAAAACUCGGUGUGGUAAGCGAGGAAUGCUACCCAUACGUCAGUGGCCAGCUAGGGCGACCCGAGCCGUGUCGGAUCCAGAAAUCCGACUACAGAACCGGACGACCUCUACGCUGUCCGAGUGGACAUCCUAAUGCACAAAUUUAUCGAAUGACACCAUCCUACAGGGUUUCGAGCAAAGAGGAGGACAUUAUGUCCGAAAUAAUGACGAAUGGACCAGUGCAAGCAACCUUUCUCGUGCACGACGACUUUUUCAUGUACAGCAGUGGAAUAUACCAGCGUUUGCCAAUGAGUAGCGGUCGAGCACAGGACUGGGGCGAGAAUGGUACAUUCCGAAUAUUACGUGGUGAAAAUCACUGCGAGAUCGAAUCGUUUGUGAUCGGUGCCUGGGGGAAGGAUUCGAAAGCACGUCAUCGCUUGCUAAAAAUACGAAAACAGCGAAAACAUCUAAGAGCGGCGUAGUU